AAAGUCAAAAAAGCCCCAAGUAACAAGCUGAGUGUGUCAAAGGUUAAAUCAGUGAUGCAAACAGAAAAGAAAGGCAGCAAACCAAAGACAAAAGUAGUCACUAAACCCAACAGCCGCAAACCUAAAAAUAGCAAAGGAGACUCAGUAAAAAAGAAAUCUGUCAAUAAGGGACCUACUCCUAGCUCUUCUAUUCCGAACACUCCACGGCUGCCUGGAAUAUCCCAGCUGGAACUAGGGGGAGAGGAUGAAGAUGAGGACGGACAAGAAAUGGAGAGAAAGGAAUCCCCUGUGUCAAUUCCUACAAUAGGUGACACCAAGACGGGGCCUCUAUCACUUAUAGCUGGUUCUGAGAGUCAGAGGAGGGAACCAGUCAAAAAGACCAGGAAAGAGGGAAUAACUCUGCCUCGGUCUUUGCCCAAACCAGUUGUACCUCCAAAGACGCCCAAAGAACCAGAGACUCAGAUAAGCACCUCUGAUGCACAAUCAAGGAGAAGACAAUCACUGGCCAAUAGGACCCUCAAUCUAGAGAAGAAGCGGGCCCCCAAACCCCCCUCUCCUCCCCCCAGACCCCCCACCCCUCCUACUCCAGAUUUACUAGAACUACCCUCUGUGCCAGACCUACCCACAGAUAUUCCAAGUUCUUUACCCCAUGUAAAGUUUGAGGAGCCCCCACUGCCAGACACCUCUCUACCCUCCAAGACCCCUUCCCCAACCAAGAACAAAAACUUGUUAUCCUCACCCAUAAAGUUACAACAGAAACUGAACAAUAGGCGCAAAUCCUUCAAAAAAGACACAUCCUACGAAGAUGAACUUCGUAGGCAGGAAAUGCUAGAAAGGAGAAGGCAAAAACAGAUGGAGCUGCUGGAGAAAAUGAAAUCAAGGCAGGGUCAAGUGGAGGUCGAUAUUGAAUAUAUUGAUGGAGUACCUAGCUUUGAUGAUUAUGGAUUCCUAGCAAAGUACUGUAUUUUCAAUAGAGGAAGCUUGGAAAUGUACAAAAGGACAUUUGAUGUGGUUGAUGAUGAAGGUAAAGGCUGGUUGAAUGGAAUAGAAGCCAUGAUAGCUUUAAGGGGAGUUAACAACAGACUGACCAUGCAGGAGGAAGAAUAUCUGUAUAGAAUAUUGGAGAUUGCUGGCUACAACAUUUCUAAAGGUGCUGACUUCAAACUUUUUUCUGUGCUGGCUGCUCUCUCACACAGGAUUUCUGCAGUAGAUGAUUGGAUGAAACUGCUUAUAGACUCGAUGGAUUUUAGAAUCUUGGAAAUGAAAACAUUCCUUUGCAAAACACUUUGGGAGUGCAAUGUGGACAAAGAAACCAACAGAAUAUCAAUAGAUCAGUUAUGUAUCGAGCUCAGAGCCGGCGGAGUGAGUGAAAAACAUGAGCGAGAGGUGCGGGAAAAACUGUCACAUCUUAAAUCCCUGGACCUUCUAGACUUCUUGACUUAUGUCCCCUUAUUUAUUAUGAUUCACCAAUCUGUAGUGGACAAUCCUUUAAAUGAUGUGAGAGACAAAUAGUGCUAAUGCAUCUGGGCCCCAGAUGUUUGGUGCUAUUUUACAUGGGAAUGGACUGGAGCAUUCUUGACAUUGGACAAGAUAGACAAUCGAAGUGCUACAUGUACACUGAUCCUUUAUCAGCAAUGUUGACUGCAAUUGCAAUGUCAUUUCGGUAUUUGUGAAUGAUUUGAUGUGAGUGGACAGUCUACAUUUGGGUGUCAAUUACCGAACUUCUUAUAUUAAGGAACAUGUUUCUGUGAUAUUGAAUGUAUCUUUAUGUACAUGUUUAUAGGGUAAAAGUGUAGACAUUUUGAUACACUUCUCCAUAGGUCUUUUGAAUUUAGAAAUUUUAUCACUUUCUAUUUCUAAAUCAAAAAGAUUCAAUUAAUAUAUUAUAAUUACAGAAAUGAUGUGACUUCAAUUUAAAGUGCCCUCUUGCUUUUCACAAUGUAGGAACAAUUGUAAUUUUUCUAAAACGUACAUGUAGAAGUCUUUUGAUGUAUGCAUGACUAUUUUCAAAUAUUCAGAAAUAGGGUAAUAUCUAUAAGUAGAGAAAAUAAAAGUAAAGGGAACUUCUAGUCUAUAUAUAGAAUGGCUUCAUAAAUAAA